AUGACAUCACUACUCACCGCUUCGUAUCACUCACUUCGGGCAAAAUCGCCGAUAGGUGAUCUUCUACCCGGACUCAGACCAUCCACGUCGACAGCAUUGAUCACUAUUCUCAUCUGGAGCGUCGCGCAAUGCGUCCCACCAACAAAAUACACCCGGUCCAUCGACAGAGCGCAACAAUCUGCUCACGGUUCCCGAAAGUCCGAUGGCAAGGCGGCGGGAACUAUCCGAGGUGUUCGAGAACUUCCGACGGAAGAGUAUUUCCGAGUUAUCGUUGGUUAUGGAUGCAUUGAGAGGGUCACCAUCACCAGGAUCCUCACAAUAUAUUCAUCCGGAACGGGCGUCACAAUCAACUGGGAAUUUGAAUCCGCCGCAGUCCAAAAAGGGAAGGAGGAGGCGGAAAGUGCAAAAGACAUGGCAGGCCAUGUCGCCUGGCAACUUUUCUAA